UUUCUACAAGAUCGUUAUAUUUGUACUGGCAAUCAUCGCGCCUGAAUGGUUCGUUGCAUGCGCUGUCAGCGAAUGGUUUGGUGUCCACAGAGUAAGCAGAAUGAUAACCAAUAUCUUGCCGGUACGUACCUAACUCUGUUACAUCGGCGUUGCAUGUUGUUAACAACCAUUUUCUGAGAUUCGAUGCCAAAGCGAAGUAGCUAACUGGGCCUGUUAGGACGAGCGCGAAUGGUCGCAUGCGUUCAGUCACCUCAUAUUGAUGCAUGGUGUCAAGCUCCGGUUAUCGACAGCACCGGACGCCCCUGAAGCGAUCCUACCCGCUCCCCGUAUGAUCAGAUUCAUCGAGCAAGGCUGGAUCGAAUGCGAAGAAUUCUCAAUCGCAGCUGUACAAGAUAAAAGUAAAGCCAACGCCUUCAACAAAGCCGUGGCCUCGAUCCAAAUAUUCUGGUUCUUUUCCCAACUUCUCGGCAGGCUUACAUCCGCCAUAGUGGUUUCUCCGUUGGAGUGGUUCACGCUGGCAUAUGUUAUAUGUGCUUUCUCCGUGUACGGAUUCUGGUGGCAUAAACCCUUCGAUGUCCAGACACCGUUCUUAAUAUACCCUGAUCCGUCACUGUCUGCAGAACAAACGCUUAAGCUCGAACGUUCUCUCCCGGAGUGUUCCACAAACAGGCGCACGUGGGAACCUAUAUUCUAUCUACUGGGUUUGAGGCCAGGAGAAGAUUACGAUACAAUGAAGACAUGUGACAGGGGGUGGAUACAUCAGACUUCGACGGACACAUUAGCAUACAUAGCUUUAGCGAUGUCCACGGUAUUUUUCGGGUCUUGUCAUCUGUUUGGAUGGAAUUACCCAUUUCCGACUCCUCUUGAAACAUACUUAUGGAGAUCUGCCAGCAUAUCCUGUGUGUGUGUUCCCUUGGUCAUACUGUUCCUACUCACAUGGCAUGUUCCAUCUGCGGGAGUGUGGAAGAGACUUUCAGAUGGCACACUUGUGAUAUCAACUCUUCUAUAUGUUUCUGUACGCUUGUUCUUGCUCUUCGAAGUCUUCUUCGCGUUACGAUCCGCACCCCCAGAGAUAUACAAAGCAGUACCAUGGGCUCAAUACAUCCCUCACAUCUAGAAACGAAUAGUCAUAGUUAUCGAAAUUUAUUACAUCUAAAGGGUAUCCGCAUAUAUCCAACAUC